AUGUACUUCUUCCUGCUCAACCUCGCCGUCAUUGACCUGGGUGCCAUCUCCACCAUUGUCCCCAAGUCCAUGGACAAUUCCCUCUGGGAUUCCAGGGCCAUCUCAUACUUGGGAUGUGCGACACAGCUCUUUUUGUUUCUCUUCUUGAUCACAGCAGAGUAUUCUAUGCUCACAGUCAUGUCCUACGACUGCUACGUUGCCAUCUGCAAACCCCUGCACUACGGGACCCUCCUGGGCAGCAGAAUCCUCAAGCUCUCCUGCUCACACUCCUACCUCAGGGAACUUGGGCUUAUUGUAGUCAGUGCCUGUUUGGCUUUUAUGUGCUGCAUUUUCAUCGUGGUGUCCUAUGUGCAGAUCUUGAGGGCCGUGCUGAGGAUCCCCUCUGAGCAGGGACGGCACAAAGCCUUUUCCACCUGCCUCCCUCACCUGGCUGUCAUCUCUCUGUUUGCCAGCACCUCUUUUUUUGCCUACCUGAAGCCCCCAUCCAUCUCUUCCCCGUCCUUGGACCUGCUGGUGUCUGUUCUAUACUCGCUGAUACCUCCAACCUUGAACCCCCUCAUCUACAGCAUGAGAAACAGGGAGCUCAAGGAUGCCCUGAGGAAACUAAUGGAGGGAUGCAUUUGA